UCUACAUUGACACAGUCAGUGUCAAUGUAGAAAUCUUUUUUUUUUCAGUUCCUUACUGUACAUCACCUUAAAAGUAAGGGUGCUCCGAUUGAUCGGUCGCCGAUCAUAAUCGGCCGAUUAUAGCUUUGGGAUGUUUGAUCGGCCGUCUCUAUAAAGGCCGAUCCAGAAAAGCCGAUCAGAUGACGCAAAACUCGCGAGACGAUUUUUUUACGCCCUGCUAAAAAUGGCUUCACCGGUCUGGCAAUUCUACGUGGUGUGCGAAAAAGAUAAUACAUUAGCAAUCUGCAACGUGAAAGAGAGAGCGAGACAGUUCAGCAACUCAAGCGCCACUCACUCAGCUGUCAGUAACAGAGACAUUUCAAAGAAAGCAACCCUACAGCAGGGACAGUAAGAAGCAUAAAGAGAUAUCAGACAAAAUAAUGGAAUUCAUUUGCCUAGAUCACCAGCCUCUGUCUGUUGUGGAAGACGAAGGGUUCCAGCGACUCAUGUCCUAUUUAGAUUCACGUUACACUCUGCCAGGGCGUAAAUAUUUCACUGAUGUGUGCCUGCCGCAGUUAUACCAAACCGUGUUUACAUAUGUCGACAGCCUUAUGAAGGACAACAUAACAUCGAUUGGUUUCACUAGUGACAUUUGGAGUGCGAGUGUAUGCCCCAUGUCGAGCCUCACUGCGCAGUUCAUUAAUCAAAACUUCGAACUACAAAAAGUUGUUCUACAUUCUCAAGAGUUUUCAGGGUCACACACCGCAGAGGCUCUUGUUGCUGCAUUCAGCGACAUGUUUCAAGCAUGGGGAAUCCCGAAAGAAAAAGUGCAUGUUAUUCUAAGGGAUAACGCAAAGAACAUGGAAAAGGCCAUGAGGGAUGCCCAUCUACCCAGCCUGCCGUGCAUGGCGCAUUCACUCCAGCUCGCCGUGACCGAGGGAGUCAUGUCACAACGCAGCAUCGCUGAUAUAAUCGCUUCUGGAAGACGCAUCGUCGGUCAUUUCAAACACUCCCCGCUUGCUUACUCACGACUUCAAAGUAUUCAGAAACAACUGGGCCAGCCUAUCAAGAGACUACAGCAAGAUGUACCUACCAGGUGGAACAGUACUGUAUACAUGCUGCAGAGUCUGCUGGAACAGAAACGUGCCCUGUGUGCUUAUGUAGCCGACUAUGACUUACCCUCCAUGUUCACCAGUAGCCAGUGGAAAUUAGCUGAAAAUAUGAUUUCGCUACUCGCCCCAUUUGAAGAGCUCACGCAGCAGAUCAGCUCAUCCACUGCAUCGGCUGCAGAUGUUAUACCAUCCAUCAGAGCUUUAACUCGUCUUCUUGAGAAGACAGCAGAGACUGACCACGGUGUAAAAACUUCAAAAGCCACGUUGUUGGAAGCGGUCCAGAAAAGAUUCCGUGACAUUGAAUGUGAGCGCCUGUAUAGCAUUGCUACAAUCCUCGAUCCGAGGUGAGAAAUCUUAUUUUACACAUUUGUUUGUGUGAGUGUGUGCGCGCGCGCGUCAGAGCGUAUUAA